UGUGUGUCUGUGUCUGUGUCUGUGUGGGUGUUGCUUUACAGGUGGUCGCCUCCCAGCGCAAGACGAGCGCACCACUCGCAGAAGAGCAAGGCAUCAUAUGGGGCCCACCGAACGAAAUGCAAGACGACGGGCCCGUCACAGAGUGGCUGCUGAUCAGCGCAAUGCAGCACGACGAACCAGCUAUGCAGCCACCGCCCCGCAGCAAGCGGCACAGAGGACAGCAACACGACGAGCCAGGAAUGCGGCCCAGAGGACAGCCACUUUGCGAUCGUUCCGCAUCUCUAUUGACAACUUCGACGAGUCCUUGAUCGAGCAGCACAAUGCGGGGACAAUGAGCAAUCAGUGUGUCUACUGUGGCGCUCAGCUGUUCGAUGACGAGUGUGAGCGCAAGGACGGUCACAUCAUUAGCAGCUUCUGCUGUCGCAAAGGGAAGGUACAAUUGCCUCCGCUGGAAGAUGAAGACCUGCCAACCCCACUGCGUGAACUGUAUCUCGGACAACAUCAGCAAACCAACCAUUUUAUAGCGUUUUUGCGGAUGUACAAUUCCAUGUUUCAGUUUGCCUCGACAGGCGCCAAGAUCUACGACCCAACCUCAGAUGUGCGGCAGCGGUACGGCAACAGCAUCCCUCCCGCAAUGCUCACAAUCCAUGGAGAGGUGUACCAUGGAAUUGGUGGAUUGAUGCCGACGGACCCCAACGAUCCGCGGAAAUUUGCGCAGCUGUACAUCAUCGACAACAUACAAGAGCAGGCUGCGGAGCGAAUUCGCGUGUUUCAAGAACACCGUGUUAUUCGCCGGUCUCUGGUGGCUGAGAUUCAAGCGUGUCUCCUCGAGUGCAACCCACUGGCGCGCGAGUUCCGAAGCAAACGAGAGCAGAUCGAGGCAGACAGGGGCAACGAGUCGGGUGUGCCUGCAAUUGGCUUUCGUCUGGUCGACAGCUCUCAUACUGGCCAAGAUCGACGGUCAGAGAAGCGAUUCACACAUGGUUUGGCCGUGCUUAGGUUGAACGUGUCUCUGUUCUUUGCUGUCUCUGACUAUCUUAAUGCAGACUGUACAACGUGCCAACAUGCAAUGAGAUCGCCGCGUUCAUUCCUGAUGGCAGUCAGGGCAACAAUCGCGAGGUUCUCAUCUUCAGCCGACAGCAGAGGCUUCAACGCAUCAACGAGCUAAGUCCCCACUAUGACGCUCUACACUUCGUGCUGCUGUUUCCUCGCGGCGAGCUGGGCUGGGAGAGAGACAUCCCCUAUCGAACCCCACAAAUGCAGCAACGCCAACGGUGGGUAGACGAAGCCGUCUCGCCACUCACAGUCCGACAUCUGAUGUGUCAUGUCUUGAUUCUGAGGCGCAGGCGUGUCGUUUCAGGCAGCCCUGGGGGAGCUGUCAUUCGUGAGGAGGACGAGGAAGAGCUCCCGGCGGCAGACACCGAGCCUACAGGCCGUCCGACGAGACGCAGGUACAUUGAAAUAUGAAAAGCAAGCGAAUACGUGUUUCAGUGUAUCAACAUCUGUGUGUCUCUGUGUAUUCAAUGCAUGUAGACGUGUUGCUCCAUCGACCAAUGGCGGUGCUGCUGCCGUCUCGGCUUCGGCUACGGCAGCCGCCUACAUCGAUGAUGGAGCUGGCAUGGAUGUGGAGGCAGACGGUGGUGCGGACGGUGGCGAGGAUGCACACGAAGCCGACGGGACGGCAGAACAUACCACGUCUGGCGCUCCUCGAGCUGGCAAGCCGAGGAAGACUGUCAGUCACCUGGAUUGGACCGCAUUUUAUAUUCAAGUGCGGCACGGCCAGUCUCGGCUCAGCCGCGCCAACCGUCUUGCACACGAGUUUAUCGUGGACCAAAAUGCCAAAAUUGAAGGACAACGACUCACCUUCAUUCGCAACAACCAGAGGCAGCUGAGGCAAGACCUGUAUGCUGGUGUGCAGGUAAACAAUCACGGGCAUGGACUGUUUGCGGAGGGUGUUUCUCGAUGUGUCUCCAUUCGUCAUCUUCCCUGUGGGUGUGUUCAGGAUGCCGUUUCGCAGGCUGACGAGGCCCCGACUGACAGCCGCCACAUCGGUCGCGCCAUCCUACCCUCGUCCUUCAUUGGCGGGCCACGCCAUAUCCACUCUCUCUACCAAGAUGCCAUGGCGAUCGUGCAGCAUCACGGCAAGCCCAGCCUGUUCAUCACUUUCACGUGCAAUCCUGAGUGGGACGAGAUUCAGCAAGCUCUGCUGCCGGAACAAGGGCAUUUCCGCAAGCAACGCUGGGAGGACCGCCCUGACAUCGUCACGAGAGUGUUUCGCAUCAAGCUCAAAGCGCUGCUCAAGGACAUCACGGAGAAGGGCGUCCUCGGACGACAUGUCGCGCACAGCUAUGCCGUCGAGUAUCAGAAGCGCGGCCUCCCUCAUGCACACAUCGUGGUCAUCUUCUCUAAUGAGGAUUCUGUUGCCACGCCAGACGUCGUCGACUCCAUCGUGUGUGCGGAGCUACCUGAUAAGGAGACACAGCCGGAGCUGUAUGCUAUCGUCACAUCCAAGAUGCUGCACGGGCCGGGUGGCGCCCACAAUCCACGGCUGUCAUGCAUGCGCAAGACCGGCCAAUGCGACCGGAAGUACCCGUGGGCAUUCCGAGAACACACCACAAUCGAGGAAGACGGCUAUCCAUUCUAUCGACGCCGCAAUGACGGCCGCCAGCACGACGUCAAGGGUGUUCUGCUUGAUAAUCGCUGGGUCGUGCCGUACAACCCGGCCCUGACCCUUCGAUACAGAGCACACAUCAAUGUCGAGCGGUGUGGAAGCGUCAAGGCUAUCAAGUACCUCCACAAGUACAUCUACAAGGGUGCCGACCGGGCCGUUGUCGAGACAUCGCGCCAAGAAGACGAGAUUCGCUGUUAUGUGGAGGGCAGAUAUGUGUCGGUCUCUGAGGCCUGCUGGCGCAUCUUCGGCUUCCCCACGCACGGCCACUACCCUGCAGUCGAGCGCCUGACCGUGCACCUCGAGAAUCACCAAAGCGUCGUCUUUGCAGCGAAUCAGCCCCCCCCCACCGAAGCCCCAAUGACCAAGCUGACUGCAUGGAUGGCGCUGAAUGCCACGGACGAGUUCGCGCGCACCAUUUCCUUUCCCAACUUCCCGCAACACUUCGUGUGGAACCAGAAGAACAAGCGAUGGACUCGUCGUCGGCACGGCAGCACCAUCGGCCGCGUCUACAACGUCAGCCCUGCAGCAGGCGAACGGUUCUUCCUGCGCAUUCUGCUGCAUCACAUACCGGGCGCCAAAUCGUUCCAAGACCUGCGAACGGUGGACGGCGUCGUACACUCGGAUUUCCGCAGCGCCUGCAAUGCCCUCGGCCUAUUCCGUGAGAACGCUGAGUCGAUCGACUGCCUGCAGCAGGCGAAGGAAUGGCAGAUGCCCCACCAGAUGCGGCACCUGUUCGUGGAGCUCCUCGAUCAGCAGCUCGUGUCAAAGCCUGAACAACUCUGGGAGCAGUUCAAGGUCGACCUCGCUGCCGAUUACAUUCAUCGCUGGCGCGUUGUCAUCGGCAACGCGGCUGCUCCACCUCGACAGGAGGACAUCGACCGCGCACUGAUUGACAUCGACGAUAUCCUGAUGACCUUCAACAAGUCCAUCGAGAAAGACUUCAAUAUGCUUCCACCCCGCCCAGCCACACCGACAGAGAGGAGAGCCGACCUGGAGUAUGCCCGUGUGCGGGAGCGAGAGACAUACAACACGGAGCAAGCUGCUGAGUUGGCAUCUGAAAAUGAGGUGACACACAUGAGAUGAGAUGAGAUGAGACACCAGCUGAUUUCCUGUGUCAGGCGCAAUUCAACUCGAGACAGCGAGAGGCCUUCGAGGCUAUCGUGCCUCUCACUCUGGCAGCUGUCUCCGACGAGCAGCCACACCCAACAUGCUUCUUUAUCGACAGCCCUGGUGGCGGUGGCAAGACCUUCUUGCUCGACACAAUUUUGGCCAGCGUCCGCAGCACAGGGCGAAUUGCCGUCGCCUGCGCGUCCACCGGUGUCGCUGCUCUUUUGCUCCAGGGCGGAACGACAGCGCACUCUCGCUUUGGCAUACCAGUGCCGUGCAGCCCCGACGAGUCUUCCAACAUCGCCAAGCAGACGGCUCGCGCGAGAAUCCUGAAGGAGGCGGCAAUCAUUGUCAUUGACGAGAUCACGCAGCUGCACAUGGAUGCCCUGGAUAUCAUCAAUCGACUCCUGCAGGACAUCAUGGAGAACUCGGUACAGCAAUUGCAAAACAACCUAGGCAAGCUGUAUCAUACAGUGUCUCUACAUGUCUCCGCGGUCGAUGUGGUAUGCACUGUUGUUCGAUGCAGCGGCCGUUCGGUGGCAAGACUGUGGUGUUCACUGGAGACUUUCGACAGUGCGUUCCUGUAGUGCCCCAUGCGUCCGACGCUCAAGCCUUUGCUGCCAGCGUCAAGGCCGCGCCAGUGUGGGCAUCGGUGCGCCGCCUGCAGCUCGACAUCAACAUGCGCAUUCAACGACUCAUCACAGAAGGCGAGGAUCCGUCGGAGUACGAGGCGUGGGCUGCUUUCCUGCUCGACGUCGGCAACGGCACAAUCGGCGACCGUGUCUCUCUUCCACCCGCAACACGCUCGCAAGCAUCUGACAUAUCCGGUCUCGUACGAGAGGUCUAUGGGACCUUCGACCCCAACGUCAACUUCGUCACGCGCGCUAUCCUCGCUCCGCGUCACACAGACGUCAAUGCGAUCAACGCCAUCGCCACUUCUCUUUCCCUGGCACCGAGAGGGUGUUUUUGAGUGCUGACGGCUUUGACAAGGACCACGCUGGUGGGCUGUGUACAACGGAAGUGCUGAACUCUAUCG